AGUGCAGCAGAAACAGCAGAGAGAUAAUCGAUGACUUCGUACUCCUGGUUAUCGUAGGCUUGCAUGAAGGAUUCCAGAAGGGAGUCGUACCUUAUCCACUUGGCUGCUCUCUGGGGUGGAGGUCUUCUCAUCAGUCUUUCUGUGAUCUUCUGGUCUGUUAGUCCUUGCUCUAGUUUGAGGGCUUCAAGGAAUUUCCAGAUGGUAGGAUUUGAACACUGGACGAGGCUGCGGAAACCAUUAUGCCAUCCUUCUGCAAGGUUCGAAGAGCGUGGGAGACCAGCUAGACAGCAGUCGUACUGGUUCCAGGACAGGUGAUCGAAGCGAGCAGGUCUGUUUGGUGUUCCCAUCCACGUGGACUCAAAGUAGGAUGUAAUUUGCAGCCGUCUCACAUGUCAAUACCAUGAUACCCGAUCCCCAUCCAAGCUCUGACUUUCUCUCUAGUGAUAGGCGACUCACUGUUGCAUAGGGGUUCUCAUCUGCCCAAAAUUUACAAUUUGUAUAUGAUUCGCAUAUUUGGGUAUUCUAUAAUCUAUACGGUCUGCACCAAGCACAACGCACAUACCACAUAUAUAUGCUAAAUCAUUUAAAAAUUAUAUCAUCGUAUUUUUAGUGCCCUGGUGUACUCUUUGAUACAAGUUAUAUACAAUCUCUCUAGUGAUUACAAUCGCUCUCUCUCUCUCUCUCUAUACAUGAAAUGUUCCGCUAAUUUCAACCACCGGUCACCGGUCACGUGUGUCGGACGCAUGUGCAUGGCUUCCUUCACUGCAUAAAAGUACAGAUUCUCUGCCUAGUUUGUUGUAGUAUAAUUGUAUUCUACACAAUGUACUCUGUCCACCUUGUAUAACUGAUGUACAUGUAUUUAUUGCACGCUACUUCUAGUAUAAUUGGAUUGUAUGAGCUCUGGUAUACUCCAGGUUGUAUUUGAAUUGCUCUCCAAAGAGGGUGGUGAAUAGCAAGCAGCCAUUUAGAUUCAUCUCAUGGAUACAUACAUGCAAACGCGUACGCCGUGAAUACACUUUGCUGUUGUUACAGUAUUACUAUUAACUAGCUUUUAGCCACCUAGGUAUUACUUCUUUGUUCCUUGCCAUUGCCCUAUCUGAUGUUGCGUAUUUUAAUUUAGAUUAACUGUCGCUACUGUGUCUGUACUACAAGAUUUCACCAGCCACUUGCACCAGUUACUGUUAAUCGGGAUUUAAUUGCAGAUUUACCAGAUCCAAUAUCCUUAACGAAACCUUAGACCGACUGCAGAAGAUGGGUUAAAUUUGCGUAAUUUGAUAUGCAUAUACCCGUUAUCUCUCAUUGUUUCUAUACAUAAUAUACUAAUCCUGCAGGGCCACUGCUGGUCGCAUAUUCGCUCGUAUACGCUUGUUUAAACUUUCAAAAGGAAUUUUAUAACAUUUUUUUAGAUCACUUUGAAACGUUUCAUUUUGCAAGGACCUUAAAUCAUAUUUGCUGCAGGAAUUUCACGUAGGUGAUCAUGUCUCCGUCAACACUUAUUUGAACAGGAUAGCGUAAAGCUUGAGCGAACAAGUGAUACGCUUCUAUCUGAAAAAAAUUUGCGCUUCAUUGUUGAUAAAGAUCAAAAGACGUUACUUCUAACUGCCCAAGAUGUUCCUAUCCAGAAAAGCUCUGAUUGGUGCUUUGGUGACGCUCUUUUGUCUAAGCGCUCUUAUCUACAAAACAGAACCCUACCGAGACCUCUUAAAUAACUUUCAAGGGGGUGAAAACAUAGUCAUAGAGAUCUCCUCUGAUCCAGAUAAAACCCCCGCAAACCAUGAAACGGACAUCAGGACUAACAGUGAUGGUAGCUCCAAUGCUCAAUCAAUCAAUUCUCUGCAGAAAGUAACUGAGGAGAAGCCUCCAGAACACCAAUUAAUAUCAUCAUACACAAAACUUUUUGAUGUUGUAGAUGACGUCAGGGAACCAACAGAACCGCUUUAUGAGAAACCCACAGAGCCAAUAGAUCCUGCAAACGAUAUAAUGCAACCCACAAAGAGGGAUCUCUCAAUAUCUUCUCCACAACCUGUAGCGACAAUAGAGCCUAGAGGUCAUCACGCAGCAGCAGCAGCAGUAGUACCAGACCAGGAGUCACCUAAGAAGAUAGGUGACUCGUGGGACCACGUCAAGAAAACUGAUGACAUUCUGGAAUUUGUUCGUUCGCAGUGCGUAAAGUAUGAAAUGAUAACGGUUGUGCCGGGCGAGGAGGCUAAGAAACCAAGAAUGUUGGUAAUCACAAAAAACUGGAUUGAGAACAUGAUUUUAUAUUCUAGUAAUCCUAAGACCGGGUCUACAUCGUUCAAAAAGUGGUUUGCCAGAUUACAAGGUGAAAAUAAGGAUUAUGAGAAAAUGUCUGGUGUUCACGCAAUGAAAAAAUAUGGGAAUAUAGAUGAAGCUUGGAUUUCCGCCGAGUCCAAAUCAAGCGACCCCGAUAGCGUAACACUGAACGACGUGAUAAAACCGUUCUAUAAAGUUGGCUUUAUGAGAAAUCCACUCCUUCGGUUAAUAUCUGGUUUCAGAGAUAAAAUUCUAAGGAGAGCGGAAGAUGGUAUAAAACCAGAAAUGAGGAUCGUAGAUCCGAGUCUGACAGCUGAGUCACCGGACACACAAAAAUUUGCAGCAUUUACUGAGGGAGUUAUGAAAGGAACUAUCAAGAACAUCCACUAUACGACUCAGUGGAGUAAAAUGAAGAUAUGCGAUUUCCCUUACGACAUUAUCGCACAGACGGAGACAACAAGUCAACAGAUAAAGGAGAUCCAGGAGCACACAAACACCACUCAGUUCGAGUUUCCUGGAUCUAGAACAGAUAUUGGUUAUGACAGCGUUGCUACUGUUAAUUUGGCACACGAAUUCUACGAUAAAGUAAAACCAGACAUCAUGGAGCAGAUAUAUCAGUAUUAUAAGUGGGACUUUGUGCUAAUGGGCUACACAAAAUUUAGUAAUCCUAAUUUCCCUUACUUAGACUUUGAUCAGGACUUUGAGAAAGAAUUUGGCCCUUUGGAUGUAGGGAUCCCAAAACGUAAAACAGCACCGUCCCGUCCUCCGACACCAGCUGAACCGCGAAAACCUAUAAAGAUUGAUUGGGGUUCUCGAUUUAAUAGUAAUUAAUUAUGAAAGAGAAAUUAAUAUUUUUGCUUUUGUAAUGUUGUAGUUCUGGGGUAAUCUGUAACACUAUUUUUCAAGGGAAUUCUGUCGAAAUGACUCCCUGACGAAACGAAUAAACCAAUUGUUUUUGAUAAAUAUAUUUUGAUAUGUAAAAAGUUGGUUAAGUUUUAAAAUAUUUUAAAGAGCAGGUAACACUUUGUUAUACUCUUUUUGUGGUUUUGUUUAUCAGCUGUUAAGCUGACAUUGACAUUUAAUUCAGAGGUAAUUUAUUUGGUUAC